AUGGCUGAUGAUGGCAGCACCGCCGAGAUCGCGGCCAACGCGCCGCGCUACCGCCGCAAGAGCUCUACGUUUAUCGAUGGCAUUCACGAUGUCCCCGAUGACCAAGGCAACAUGGCUCCAGCCCAGCUCUAUAGUACAAUGUCUGGCAGGUUAUUCCACUCGGGCAGAAUUGCCAUUGUCAUGGUUGGCCUCCCGGCCCGUGGCAAAACUCACAUCUGUGUCUCUAUGGCUCGUUAUCUUCAGUGGCUUGGAGUGAAGACCCGCAUCUUCCAUCUGGGCGAUUACCGCCGUGCUACCGUUGGCGAGGGCGGACAUGUCCCCCAGGACUACUUCUACCCCAAUGCCUCUCCGGCUUCUGUCAUGCUCCGCCAGAAAAUUCUGAAGAAGUGCAGAGAGGACAUCUACGGUUGGCUGAAUCACGAGAACGGCCAGGUUGCUAUCUACGAUGCUGUCAAUCCCACCGCAAGCGGUCGCCGUGCUUUGGCUAAGGAAUUUGCUAAGCACGACGUGCAAACACUCUUCCUUGAGUCGUUCGUUGAUGACGAGGACAUUCUCAAGGAAAAUGCCCGAAAUGUCAAGAUAUCCUCCCCUGACUUUCAUGGCAUGGACCCAGAUGAAGCAGCCGAGCGGUACUUGAAGCGGAUUCAAACCAAGAUUCCCGUCUUUGAGACUAUGCAGGAAGAGGAGCUGAACUACGUCAAGAUGAUCAAUGCCGGCCAGGCCUUCUUCUACAACAAUGUUAGCUUCAACUACCUCUCUCACAGAAUCGUCUUUUACUUGACCAAUCUCCACAUCAAGUCGCGCACCACCUAUUUUGUCCGAGCUGGUACUGCUGGUGACGAAGACUCGUACAAGGCCGACGCGCCUCUUUCUGAGGAGGGCAGGGCUUUCGCUGUCAAGAUGACUGAGACUCUCAUCAGGCACCGGGAAGCAGAGCGCCAGUCGGUCAUCGACCGCGGCGGUGCCGACGUUCCGCUACGACCACUGAGCGUCUGGACAUCUACGAGGCUCCGCACCAUCCAGACUGGGGAGCCUUUGAAUGAGCUUGGCUACAAGGUCCGCCAGCGAUCCCAGAUGAGCCAAAUAAACCCGGGAGUCUGCGAGAAGCUGUCAGAGCGCGCCAUUCGCAACCUGUAUCCCGAGGAGAUAGAAAAGCACGAGCUUGAUCCCUACCAUCACCGCUACCCCCGUGCAGAGUCUUACCACGAUCUUGCUGUCCGCCUUGAGCCCAUCAUCCUCGAGCUAGAGCGCGAGCAGAACGACCUCUUGAUUAUUGCUCACGAGAGCGUGCUGCGCGUGCUCUACUCGUACCUGAUGCACUGCAGCACGCGGGACAUCCCCAAGCUCAAGUUCCCGCGCGACGAGAUCAUCGAGAUCAUACCGGCGGCGUACCAGAACGAGGCGAAGCGGAUCCACAUUCCCGGCCUCGACCCCCGGCUGGUGCCCAGCUCGCCCGAGGACAUUCGCAUCCUGGUCCCCGGGUCGCCCAUCGGUGCGGGCCAGCUGUCGCCCAUUCCGGGCCCGAGCAGCCCGGGCCCCGGAGACGUCGUCGAGUUCAUCGUCACCCGCCCGCCCGAGAAGGUCGUGAACAAGGCAAAGGAAAUGGUUGCCGACAAGGUGGCCGAUGAGGACUGA